AAUAUUUUUUUGUUCAGUUCAUGUUUUUGUUAUUUAAAUAAUAUUUUUUUGGCUGUCAACAGAGUAAAGAUAAUAUGAUUAUUGCUUGUUAACUAAAUCGGACUCAUUUUUAAAUUUAUCUGGUAUAAAUGUUGAUGAACUCAGUUAUCAAUAUGAUAGAUGCCGGUACAUUCAAUAUAUUUUUUAUUCCGUAAAAGUAUUCAUAUAUGAUCCAUUAAUUUCAUGAUCAUACAAAUUCGUGAAGCAGACAUGUAAAUGAAGGAAUUAUGCAUUGUUUACGUUUUAAAAUGAUUAAAUCUGUGAUUGUACAUAAGAAUUUCUUUGCAAUCUUGGUAAAGGAGCCAUGACGAUAAUGUAUAAGGCAUUUGAUAAGGUCCUUGGAAUGGAGACGACUUGGAAUCAGGUGAAGCUUAAUGAUGUCUUUUGUUCACCGGAGGAAUUGCAGCGGCUUUACUCUAAGGUAGAGAUAGAGGUAUCCGCGCGUCGAUAUUCGGGCACUUAAGAACUGGGCUCACCAAAUUCUACAUAGAGUGGUGAUCUUGGAUUAGUUGCCAUUCUUCGUGGGACACAACAUGCCCAUAAUAUGUUAUAGUUAAUCUCUCAAUUUCCAUCACCUCCUCAAGGUUCAUUAAACUAAGCAAGUGUUUCUAAUCUAGGUAGCCAUAUAUAUAUCUUUAUAAGUUAACUUCUUGAAACUUGCAUAAAAUACUAGGUUCAGAACUUAUGGCACCAGAAUUAUAUGAGGAUUGCAACGAGCUAGUAGAUGUAUACUCCUUUGGCAUGUGUGUACUAGAAAUGCUUGCUUCUGAGUAUCCAAUUAGCGAGUGCUCCAAUCUGGCACAAAUUUAUAAAAAGGGAAAGUUCCCAGAGGCGUUCUACAUGAUUCAAGGUGCGGAAGCCCGACGAUUGGUUGGGAAGUGCUUGGAGAAUGUUUCCAAUAGGUUGCCCGCCCAUGAACUCUUGCUUGACCCAUUUUUGGCCUCUGAAGAAGUGAGUUUGUUGCCCAUCUCAAGAGUCUUGAGCCGAAAGCGAACUCCUAAUGGCCCAGUCACAGAGUUGGUGCCUCCUGUGGAGGUUGUUUCAAUAAGGAGUACUGAAAUGUCAAUAACUAUCACGAUGGUACAGCCUCAUAAAACUUCUUAUGCUGCACACAGCCUUUUGGUUUUAAUCUGAUAACAAAAGUUUGUGGUUGCAAAUAUUUCUAAGUCAUGCGUAUUAAUACCAUCAAUCAGCAUCAUGCGUAUACAAAACACAUUUUCAUUGUUGAAUUAUUGGUACUAAUAAUAGUAAAUGGGUAUAUUCAACGAUGCUCUGAACAACCUUAAUUGGUUUAUUCUUUCA